AUGAAGAUCACCAUCAAGAAAUGGCACGCCAUUGCUCAGUGGCGCUGGGACACCGGCAACAACGAUCCCGAUGAGGACGGUGAGGGGGACGUCUGUGGUAUUUGCCGCGUUCCCUUCGAGGGCUGCUGCCCAACGUGCAAGAUGCCGGGAGAUGAUUGUCCGUUGAUUUGGGGCGAGUGCACCCAUGUCUUCCACAUGCAUUGCUUACUCCAGUGGAUUGGCACCGCGUCGUCCAAACAGCAAUGUCCGAUGGACAGAAGGCCAUGGGUCACUGCCGAACGCAAAGUGGACUGA